AUGGAGGUUGUCGGCGCCUCUGCCUCGAGCGCACCGCCUGCUGCCGCCGGCCCGGCUAUCACGACCACCACCGCCUCACAACGCAAACCCUCGUCCUCGAAGCGAUCUGCUCGGGAUGAUCGCAUCGCAAAGUCUUCGACCAGAGUCUCCUCCCCCAGAGCCUCUCCCAGAUCUGCUGCCCCGAGGCACCCUCCGCACGCGACCAGGGCGCCCUCCAGGUCAGCUCGAGGCCCUGCCAGACCUCUUGUGCCCGUCACCGAACGCAGGUCACAAGGCGGCGGAUCGGCUCGCAAGCCCUCCAGGGAUGCUGAUGUCGCCACCGACAGGUGGGACAUGGUCCCGGACGGGAGCUCUGCAGGGCGAGAGGGCCGACACUUUACCGUAGCAAAAGUGGGCAACAAUGGGAGGCUCUACUUGAGACCGACCGUCCGCCCGGCACAGCAGAGAUACCCUCAACCCAACUUUACCUUCCCGGCCACACCCCCCGCGACGGCGUCACUCGAAAACGCAAAGGCGAAUCUCGAUGCCGGCAGCGAAUUAUGGAGCCCGACGACGCAAGAUCCACCGCAAAUCGUGGCGCCGGCCGAGACGUUGGACUCUGUCGCCCGACAGCCUACUUUGAUCCACCGUCGAGCGUUGUCGGAUAGUACCGUUCCCGACACCAGCAGCGUCUUCGACUCUGCCCCCGGCGGCUUCAAGGUCGUCAUCUCGAAGCCCGGCAAUGCGACGGCGCGACGCCCCAGAUCCGCAGAGGAUCCGCCUACGAAUGCCCUGCCACAUCUCGACAUCAGCAUACCCUCGUGGCGCAUCGGCGUCCCACGCUUCACCGAGGCCGGCACGCCCUUGCUGCAGGCCUCCUCCUACGCCUCCUCCUAUGCCCGCAGCGACGAUGUACAGAGCGUCGCCGGAUCUGCUUUUGAUCGUCCGCAGAGACGCAUCAGCUCAACCCCACCUCUUCCUUCUCUGAGUCCAGGGAAGCCGAGCACCCCCCAUGCGCCCCAAUCUCGCCUCUCGCGUCCACAACCGCACCGCUCCAUUCGCCUGCCGACCCUUAGAUCACCACUGCUGUCUCCACCGUCGCCCCGAUUCCCCCAUCCCCUGCGCGCCACCUUCAUGUCUGCCACGGUCGCCAUACAUCCCGACAUGUACGAUGCCCUAACCUUCCCGCCCGCCUGCGACGACCGCUCCGUCGUUCGAUACGGCUCCGGAGGCGCAGUCACGGCCGCUACUCCUGCGCGCCUCGUUGCCGAAAUCACGUCUCCUAGCUUCCUCGACUAUGAACUCAUAUCCGACUUCUUCCUUACCUUUAGAGCCUUUCUGGACCCCCAAGAUCUCCUGCGCAUGCUCAUUGCCCGUCUGCGGUGGGCCGUCAGCCGCAAUGACGAGAUCGGCAUGAUUGUUCAUGUUCGAGGCUUCGUUGCCAUGCGCCAUUGGGUCCUCAACUACUUCGUCGACGACUUCGUUGUCGAUUACGGGCUGCGCCUCGAGUUUUGCAAGCUUCUCAACGGCCUGGUCGACGAUCUCGCACAUCUGGACCAGGCUCACAAGGUUCAGCUCAAGGCGCUCAACGAGAUGAAGAAGUGCUGGCGGAGGGCAUGUGCCCAGUAUUGGGACGGCGCAGAGUUUGACGAGGACGUCAAGCCGGAGGAGCCGAUCACACCUGGUGGUGCCGCCGGCGACCGAGACUCGAGAUCGGUCCCGCCUUUCUGGGGGCAAGAUGACGCGCAGCCGCCUGCUGCUGCUGUGCAGCCUCCGAUGGGGAACCUCGCUCCUGUCCCGGAAUCGACAGCGGCAGACUUUGUGACGGAGCAGCCGCAUGCGGGGCGCGUGCGACGAUCGGCUGGGAACCAACGGCCUUCGACGCCGGACGACGCCCCCGCACGAACCGAGGCGAUAGACCAAGAUUUCGGCCCAUUCUCGCCGUCAAGCCUGGCCAGCUUAGACAUUGUCUCCUGCUCCUUCCCGGGAAAGCACCUGCGCUUCUUUCACCCCCAGUGCGGGCGUGCUAUGGGGGCACAUCCUGCCUCGACGAGCUCGGUCCAUCGCGCCGGUCCGGUGGCCAGCACGCCCAAGGCGCUUGCGGGAAAGCGCGUGAGGGCGAAGCACCCACACGGACGGAGCAGCAGCCUCCCCGAGAACCCUCUGGAAGAGGAGGCGGCCGAAUGCGAGGCGCCCAAGGCCGACAGCUAUGUCGGCGCCCUGCCGCCCGGCGCAAGCCUCGUCCGCGGCGACGUGCUGCCCCCGGGACAGGCGUAUGUCCAGAUGGCGCCGGGCCACGACAACCGACAGACAACAUUCUUCUAUCCCGACGGCGUGGGUAUGCGCAGGCCGAACUGGCACAGUGACCCUGCGCCGGGUGCCGGCAUGAAGAGGUUCAUCGGCAGCGUCCGUCGCGUCCUGGGCACCAGGGGACAGCAUGCGACAUCUCCGCAGGGUCGGUACGUGGGCGGCACCGCUGUCGGACGCUGCGGCGGCGCCGUUGCGCGCCUCCCCGGAACUGCCGUCGUUCCCCAGGGCCACUCGGCCCUGGACGGUCCUCGGCCACGGCUCAGGAUAGACAUCCUCGCUGCCCAGGUCACGGAGGAUUUCAAGACGGCCGUGCGCGAGGACGCGCAGGAGGCUGCCGGCAACCGAACCGCUUCCGACGGGGACGAGGACGAGGAUGCAGGCGUCCCGACAGAUGCGCAGACAGGUGCACAGGCAAGUGAGCCUCAGGCUGCUUCGGACGCCUUGCAGGGCAUCCUCAACGUCCCGAGAGUGAGGCCUUCGAGUGAUGGCGGCCUCACGGGCGGAAGCAAGUCCAUCGUCAUCGUCGACGACACCGUCCCCGUGGACUCAUAUCCUCUCAGCCAUGGUGGUUUCAUGACGGCCAACCCGUCCGUCGAGGCCUUUGCGGACGCCCUCAUGCGGAACGGUGCCGAGAUCACGCCCCCUAUGACGCCACCGGCGGAUGGACGGAUCGCGGCGGCAAGGCGUUCAUCUUACCUCUUGAACGAGCAUGUCGCCGCGGAUGCUCCGUUGGGGGCGUUGCCACCGUUCGUCCCCGACUGGAACACCAUCGGGCGGUCCUCCAUCGCAACCUCCGCGGCCGACGGACCCGAUAUUGCGGAGUCAAACCCGCAGCGGGACGCUCACCGCCCUCCUCCGGUCAGUGGAGCCUUGGCAAAGAUGCACCGGAGGAACAGGUCGUCUCGUAGCCGCCGCUCCCUCAGCUUGACGGUCCGCCGCCCCAUUGGCUCCUCCAGCAGCGGCGGCAUGGCGCCGCCAUCCAUUACUCACAGCUUCGCCGGGACAUCCUACACCCACUACUCGAUGACCGACAGCGAUGUGGGUGAACCGGCGCCCGUGCCCGAGCCUCUACGCAUGCUGCGUCGUCGACCUGGCGGCGAUCUCCGCGCGGCCACGAAUGUUGACGACCUGAACCAGCAGGGGCCGAGGAGGUCGCGAUCUCUGGGUUCGCUGACGGCCUUUUCCGAUUCCAUGUGCGGCUUCAGCAGGAUAACCAGCCACGUGCGACGGGCUUCGACCGAGAAUACCGGGUCAGUCCUCACAGCGGAAGACUACCACCACUCCUCUGGGGAAUCCUUUUCAGUGGGCCGGCUGGCCGACAAGCCGAGCACCCGUGGCAAGAACGUCCGGACCCUGUCCCUGUACGGCACCUAUUCAUCGAGACCCGUCAUGCGCCCCUCGUUCGAGGCCGAAGCCGAGAGGCUCGCUCAGAUACCCGAUGACGAGGAUGAUGGCGGUGUCGAGUCGGCCCUGCUGAAGCUCGAGGGCAAGUAUGAGGGCCCAUCGUCCAAGCUCCCCGUUGGAUUCCAAGACGAGGCGCCGGAACUGCUGCCCGAGUCCUCCGACGAGGGCGACGAGGACUCGGAGAUGACCAGCGUGGACAGCAAGGAUUGCCUCCCCCGUAUGGAGACGGAGGAUGGGCACCAGGAUGACGUGGACGACGACGACGACGACGACGACGACGACUGGACAACCAUGGGCGGUACGAGGUCCAGUCAAGCUGGCGGUGUCUUGCUGGAACCACCGGGGGCCUCGGUCAACAGGCAGCAAUCCUUCCUCACCGAUCGGUCGGGAGAGUCGUACACGUCUACCCCACCACCGCUCGGCGGGGGACUUAGCGAUGACGGCCGCGGCGUCGAGGCAACAUCAGCAGACUGGAAUCACCGGUCCAUCCUCCAGGACGAAGAGGAGGCAGGAACCCCCGAGGGCGAGCGAGAGCCUGUCGAGAGCCAGCACACAUCUCUCGACUCUAUACAGAAGACCGAGCCUCUAGAUAUGAUCAUCAAGCCGGGCGGUACGGCACCGCGCAAUGCCGAGGAGCAGUCUUUCCUGGAUAGCGACCUCUCAUCCGAGCUUUCAGAUGACGGAGAAGAUGGAGCCGAGCUGCCUGUCAUGGCUGAGACCUCGCCUCGCACGCUCACAGGCGGCGUUGACGCGGAUCUCGCCCGAAGCCUCCCCUCGCCCCCCAACUCGCACUCUCGCAAACUGUCACCGCACGUCACCGCCUGGGGGACGGGCGGUGCCGUCCCCAGACGCACAGACGUCAGCUCGAAGCCGCUGCCCCCGACCCCGGAACCUACGCCCGGUGCUUCGGCGUCGUUUGGAUCCCCUCUCCUCGGAGGAGGCGACAUCGGGUCGGCACCCCGGACGUCUAUGCCGGAAGACGCGGAGCUCGACGUCGCAUCGCAGUACGCGAUCCACAUGCCCUUCAUCCUGGCCUUCGACUCGGAGACGCUGGCGCAGCAGUUCACCCUGAUCGAGAAGGACGCGCUCAACGAGAUCGACUGGAAGGAGCUGGUGGACAUGGACUGGCGCAAUGCCACCAACAAGCACUCACGCUCGUGGGUGGAUUUCCUGCGCAACUCGGAGGCGCAGCAGGGCGUCGAGGUGGUGAUUGCGCGGUUCAACCUGGUGGUCAAGUGGGCGGUGUCGGAGAUCGUGCUGACGCAGAGCAUCGAGGAGCGGGCGCGGUGCAUCAUCAAGCUGAUCCACAUGGCAUCGUUCUGCCGGCACUACCGCAACUUUGCGACGCUGGCGCAGCUCACCAUCGCGCUGUCGAGCAACGAGAUCUCGCGGCUGGCCAAGACGUGGGACCUGGUGCCCGCGGGCGACAUGAAGAUCCUGCGGGACCUCGAGACUCUGGUGACACCCAUGCGCAACUUCUUCAAUCUCCGCGCCGAGAUGGAGUCCGGGCCCGAGGUGGCGUGCAUCCCCUUUGUCGGCAUCUACACGCACGACCUGCUGUACAACGCCCAGCGGCCGUCGGAGAUUGCCAGCUCGCCCAACACGCCGCCGCUCAUCAACUUUGAGAGAUGCCGUAUGGGUGCUGCCGUGAUCAAGACGCUCCUCAGGCUUCUGGAGGCCAGCUCGCGCUACACCUUCCAGCCCAUAGAAGGUGUCACCGAGAGGUGCCUCUGGAUCGGAGCACUUUCCGAUGCCGAGAUUCGACGUCACUCGGGGAACCUGGAGUGA